AUGGGAAGGGAGCAGGAUGUCUACCUCUUCCCUGAGUUCAGGCAGAGCACCUGGAGAAUGAUGUGGCUUUUUCAGUGCGUGACCUGGCUGCUGGCUAAGGAGCCCAGCGAGCAUCAGCCUCUCACCAGUCCCACCAAUGCAUGUUGCCCAGGCUGGUCUCCAACUUACAGGCUCAAGCCCUCCUCCCGGAAGGAGGGAGGCUUGGGCCCCCUAAACAUCCCCCUGCUUGCUGAUGUGACCAGAUGCUUGUCUGAGGAUUAUGGCGUGCUGAAAACAGAUGAGGACAUUGCCUACAGGGGUCUCUUUGUCAUCGAUUGCAAGGGUGUCCUUCGCCAGAUCACUGUUAAUGAUUUGCCUGUGGGACGCUCCGUGGAUGAGGCUCUUCGAUUGGUUCAGGCCUUCCAGUACACGGACAAGCAUGGGGAAGUUUGUCCUGCUGGCUGGAAGCCUGGCAGUGACACGAUUAAGCCCAACAUGGAUGACAGCAAGGAAUAUUUCUCCAAACACAAUUAGGUUGGCAAAUGGAUAGUGAGCUCAAGCCCCUACCUAAGUGCCUGUGCUGGGUGCCCACCUGUGCCCCCACCUGGGUGCCCUGUGCUGACCCAGGAAAGGCCAGACCUGCCCCUCCAGACUCCACAGUCUGGAACCCUGGAGGGCUAGGCCCAGGCCUUCUCAUGCCUCCACCUGGGAGCUGAAUAGUGACGCCCUCCCCUGAGCCCACCCAGCCGCACACAGGCCUAGAGGUGACCAAUAAAGUAUUAGGGA